AUGUCAACCUCUGCUGGUCUGGUACCAAGCGGAGCGACUGCAUCACAAUCACCGGCGACUCCAGGCGGACAAAACAAUACUGCGAGAUCAGGCAUGAGGUCCAACACCGCAGCCAAAAAUGGUGAUUCCACCAAGCGACAGAGUUCGAACGACCCCAGCAACAGGCGUACUCCCACACAGAAGGCCUGGACAGGAGGCUCGAAUCCUUUGACUGGUCGUCCAUCCUCUAAUCAGACCAACGGUGUCGCUCAUGCUCCGAGAUCGAGCCCGGGUCCCAGGACCCCAACCCAGAAAGACGGCGGACUGAGUGACAGGCAUGCUCACGAUCGGACACUAUAUCUCCUAGGAGGAGCUGUCGGUUGCUCUGUCCUCCUGACUCUGAAAUCAGGCGAGCGUUUUGAUGGCCUCUUCGCUGGCUCGAGCCUGCAAGGCGCUGUGACGAAGAUCACACUCAAAAUGACAAAGAAGCUACCUCAAACCUCCCAAGGCACUGUUGCCAAUCAUGAAGCGGCCUUCACUGGCUCGAGUCCUGACUACGCAAUGACUUUCGAGAUGAGAGACAUGGCAGACCUACAAAUUCGAUCCUUCACUGCGCCUCAGGCUGCCAAAGCGGCCAAUGGUACGUCGUCGAAGUUUCAGACAGAUACCGACAUCUCUGGUAAUCAGCUUCGGGGUGAGCGUACGCUCCAGAAGUGGGUGCCUGAUGCCAGCGACGACGCCGACUUCUCGUUGGAGUCAGGCAAAACAGGAGAAUGGGACCAAUUCAAAGCAAAUCAGCAGCUCUUCGGAACCCAGAGUUCUUACGACGAAAGCUAUUACACGACCAACCUCGACAGGUCGUCAGACUCUUACCGCCAGCGAGAAGCGCGUGCCAACAGGAUUGCGCGAGAAAUCGAAUCUUCACAAUCCAACCUGCAGCACGUUCGGGAAGAACGUGGCCAGGUCUCUCAGGCUGAGACUGAAGAUGAGGAGGCAAAAUACAGCGGUGUUCAGCGCGAUACCAGCACCAAGGGUUUCCCACCACUGCCCAAAGGAGGUCUAGACAAGUAUACUCCUCCUGCAAGGCGCGCCCCAACCGCGGCACCUACCGUGCCAGGUGCACCAUACGACACCGCCAUCCUCUCUGCGCAGCUACAACGCCCAGACAGCAAGCCAGCGACCCAAGUACAGCCCAGACAGCCCUCCCCACUUGGCCAAAGUCAUGUGUCGCCAGCUGCCACAUCGACGGACGGUCCUGCCGGCGCGGCUAAGCCUGGGUCCGGCAAGGAAUCUCAGCAGACCACUGCGGACGGUGCUGACGCUAUCAUGCCUCGCCUCCUCACAGAUUAUCAUACUUUCGCAGAGAUCGAGAAACAGAAAGUUCUCGACAAGAAGCGGGCUCAAGCCCUUGAGGAGAAGAAAGCGAAGCUCAAUGAAUUGAUGCAAUUUUCGAAGGGCUUUAAGCUCAAAACGAUCGUUCCACAGGAUUUGGUUGGCAUUCUCGCAAAAGAUCCAGCCAAACAGGAAGCCAUUGUGCAAAAGUCUAAAGAAGAUGUCAACAGCCCGACAGCGACUCCUCAAGCAGCUCCCGUUAAAGAGCUGCCCACCAUUCGUAAGGCCGACAUUGCACAGAUCCCACCUUUCCAGGGCGGACGCGGUCGUGGUUUGCCCCCAUCUGCGAGCAUGCGGCUACCACAGCAGAACGCUAUGCCGAUUCGUGGUGCCAAUGGCCAGCGCCCUGGAAAGGUUGAUAGACCACAGGUCGUGCCUGCUCCAAUUCCUUUAGUCGAUUCUCGUGGACCGCCAGGGGGGCCCUCGGGUGCCGCAAGCCCGGCUCAGUCCACUAUGCAGACUCCGUUGUCUGCCACAUCGGCUGCCAGAUUUAAUUUCAAUGCUCCCGAAUUCAAGCCUACCGCACCAGCAUUCAACCCUGCUGGAUCGAACGCACCGUCGAGCCCUUCGUCGAUCGCUAAGGGCUCGACAUUGUCACGUGCAGCUAGUCCUUCGGCAUUCUUUGGAGCUCGCAAGCCCAAGCCAGAAGGCGAACGGCCGACGGUGUUGGCAAAUUUCCAGACCAUCAAGAAAUUGCAGCAAGAUUAUGCCGAAGCACUUGCCAAGAGCAAGACACAGAAACCUGGCGAGGGUCCUCCGGUGAAAGAUUACUCUUCAAUUGGCGGCAUAGUGCCUGCUUACCUUUCGCAACCAAGGUGGCCGGUCACCCUCGACAACGAGGAGAAAACAUAUCUCUCGGCCUUCGAACGCCCUACCACGAUCUCGCCUGGAGUUAGUAGGACUAGCUCUGCGCAGGCUGUACCUUAUCACCAGCAGGCUCCUCCCGUUCCGGGUGGGCCUGCCAUGCCCGGACUACAUCAUAUGCCUCCAAGCUACGGUCACACCUACGAUGAACAGCGCAUGCACAUGAUGCAGCCUCAGGGUCAACCAUAUGCUUCUCCGAGCUUUCAAUCACGACAGCCGUCAUCAUAUGCGUCACCGAUGAAUCCCUCUGCUCAAUUAGCAUACGGUCAGCAGCCCUACUAUGGUGGACAGGUCCCAAUGCAGAUGCGCCAGUAUCCUGGCGCGCCGCACGGACAGGGAAGUGCACCUAUGAUGAUGCAACAACAUUCGAGCGGUCCAUACAUGAACAUGCCCCAACAAUUCGGUGGACAAAUGCAACCGAUGUACUCCCCAAGCCCCGGCCAUGCUUAUCCUCAGCAGAACGGCUACGGAAGUCCAGGGAGAGCUCCAAUGAUGGCACAACAAAAUUCGCAGCAAGGCUAUGGACAACCGAUGAUGUACUCUGCAUCUGCGCAGGGAGGUCCUAUGUACGGCCAGCAAGGGCAGAUGAACAUGUACCGUGGUUACAACCAGCCACAGUACGGCAGCAGUCCACAGCAGCCAUAUCCGCAGCAGCGUGCGGGUAGCUACGGACAGGUGCCGCAUCACAAAAUGAUGCACAUGCAACAUGGAAAUGUUGGUCAAGAUGAGGGCAAAUGA